CUGUAGGGUCCGACCAGGAUCCUCAUUAGGCACGGUGCAUGUGCAGAUGGCAAGGAAACAUGGAAGUUGAAAAGAUAUAUGUGGCAAUGUGCAGUAGGCUGCAGUGAGAGACGAGUUGGCCGCCUCUGUCUUACCUUGUCAUUUUCUCUCGAGAUCCAGUGCCAGUCUGUAGUGAUGAUGAGUAGGCUGUCCUGUCGUUAAAAGGAAACGAGCCACUUGAAACAACCUCAAUGCAGCAUCAAUAAAUCCUAUGCCAAUGUUUGAAUUCUUGGGUAUUAGCCAUAAAGAGCCAUGCUCCGAGGCUGCCUCAAAUCCGAGCAACAUGAAACAAGCCGUUUAAAUGUGUACCCCGAGGGUAAUAAUGGUGACAUCCGAGAUCCCACGCGGGCUCCAACAUAUGCUCGAUGCUGAAACCUCGGUCUGCCGUAGUUCACAAGACGUCAGUUCCACCCAAGUUUUGGUUAAUGGGGGGAAAAGUCAAAGCACAGACUUGCGAUCAUCCCCUCGCAAACUAACUUGUGUGAUCACCGUUUGAGUCCGUUGGGUAAGCCUGAGGGUGUAACCCAUCGCGAGCGCUCACUGGAUGGAAAAAGAGAUUAGCAGUGCCCUGUAGGAAUAAUCGGCCAGAUCGAAUCGAGCUGAUUGAUUCGCACAAGAGGGAAAAAAGCC